UUUUUUUCUUUUCUUUUUUUACUUAGUUCUUUAUCUUCAUCUUGAUCGUUUUACCGCGUAGAAAAAGGUUGUUAUUUACUUUUAUAUUCAACCUUUUAAAAAUAUAGUAUUAUACAAGUCUUAUUUUAUACAUAUAAACAUAUAACUUACAAACAUUUAGUCUUAUUUUACACAUGUCUCUUACGGCGGCUUCCCAAGCAGUCGAUGUUUAUACCAAGGGAACAAAGGCGUGGUUUACUGACGAAAAACUAGCCUGGGUUUCUGCUACUUGUAUAUUGAAUGAAACUUCUGGUGAUACUGUGAAACUUAUAUUCGAAGGUGAUGCCGAUCAAAAGGAAUAUGUAUUUGAAUCUACUCUAUCCGAUAUUCAAAAGAAUGAUGGUGCCAAUUUGCCUCCUCUUCGAAAUCCUCCCAAAUUAGAAUUCAAUGAUGAUCUUACCAAUUUAAGUUACUUGAAUGAACCUGGAGUACUCAAUACUAUUCGAACACGAUAUAUGCAACGAUUGAUUUAUACUUAUUCUGGGAUUGUUUUAAUUGCUAUGAAUCCAUUUGAUCGUGUGGCUCUGUAUGAUCCUGAUAUCGUACAACAAUAUUCUGGAAAAAGACGUGGUGAAUUGGAACCUCAUUUAUUUGCCAUUGCUGAAGAUGCCUAUCGAUGUAUGAUUAGAGAACAAUCAAAUCAAACCAUUGUGGUCUCUGGUGAAAGUGGUGCUGGUAAAACUGUUAGUGCAAAGUAUAUUAUGCGUUAUUUUGCAACUGCUGAUGAUCAAGAAUCUACUGGGAAACGUAAAAAGACGGAUGGCUCAAUGACUGAAGUGGAAGAACAAAUUUUGGCAACAAAUCCUAUUAUGGAAGCGUUUGGGAAUGCGAAAACGACACGAAAUGACAACAGUUCUCGGUUUGGCAAGUACAUUGAAAUUCAAUUUGAUGAUGGAGCCAACAUUAUUGGUGCAAAAAUUAGAACAUACCUUUUGGAACGUUCAAGAUUGAUCUUUCAACCUGAAACGGAACGUAACUACCAUAUCUUUUACCAGUUAUGUGCAGGUGCGCCAUCAUCAGAAAAAAAGAAAUUUGAACUGGGUACAUAUAGCGACUUUCACUAUCUCAAUCAAAGUGGAACUGGUACAAUUCCUGGUGUCAAUGAUGCAGAUGAAUUUGAAGUUACUCAAAAGGCUUUAUCAACUGUGGGUCUCUCAGUGGAAUUACAAUGGAAGAUCUUUCAAAUCUUGGCUGCUUUGCUUCAUGUGGGAAACAUUCAAAUUACUGGUCGUGGGGAUGCAAUGUUGAUGGAAAAUGAUCCUGCUUUAUUAACAGCCACUCGAUUACUUGGUAUUAAGACAACUGAAUUCAGAAAAUGGAUCGUACGAAAACAAAUCGUUACUCGCUCCGAAAAGAUCGUCACUAACCUUAAUCCGGCUCAAGCAACUGUUGUCAAAGAUUCUGUGGCCAAAUAUGUGUAUUCCAAUCUAUUCGACUGGCUGGUUGGUGUGACAAACGAUAGUUUAUCUUGUGGUGAUCCCAAUUUGGUUGCUACUUUUAUUGGUGUACUUGAUAUUUAUGGUUUUGAACAUUUCAAGAAAAAUUCCUUUGAACAAUUCUGUAUCAAUUAUGCAAAUGAAAAGCUGCAACAACAGUUCAAUCAACAUGUAUUCAAGUUGGAACAAGAGGAAUACGUUCGUGAACAAAUCAAUUGGACUUUUAUUGAAUUUAGUGACAAUCAAAAGUGUAUUGAAUUGAUUGAAGGGAAAUUGGGGAUUUUGUCUUUAUUGGAUGAAGAAUCUCGUUUGCCUGCUGGUUCUGAUCAAGGUUUCUCUCAAAAACUUUACACCAACUUUGACAAACCAGAAUUCAAGAGUCACUUCAAGAAACCUCGGUUCUCCAACAAUGCAUUCACUAUUGCCCAUUAUGCUCAUGAUGUACAAUAUGAAGCUGAAAACUUUUUGGACAAGAAUAAGGAUUCAGUACCUGAUGAACAUAUGUCAUUACUGCAAGCAACAGAAUUUGACUUUUUGAAGGAAGUAUUAGACAAGGCUGCAAGCAACAAUCCUGCACCUACUCCUCAAGCCAAUAAGCGUAUGAGUAUGAUUGCAAGAAAACCUACUCUAGGCUCGAUUUUCAAGUUAUCUUUGAUCAAUCUCAUGGAUACUAUUGGCGGAACAAAUGUACAUUACAUCCGAUGUAUCAAACCCAACGAAGCAAAGGUCGCAUGGGAAUUUGAACCCAAUAUGGUGUUAUCUCAAUUACGUGCUUGUGGUGUGUUGGAAACCAUCCGAAUUAGUUGUGCUGGUUAUCCUUCAAGAUGGACUUUUGAAGAAUUUGCUGAUCGUUAUUAUGCUUUAGUUCCUUCCAAACAUUGGGAUACUAAAUCAUCAUCACCUGAUGUUCGUACUCUAUGCUCUACCAUUCUCGAUAAGUCUAUUCAAGAAGAAGACAAAUAUCAAGUGGGUACAACAAAGAUAUUCUUCCGAGCUGGUCAGCUUGCCUAUCUUGAAAAAUUACGUUCUGACCGGUAUGAUGAAUGUGCUACAUUACUUCAAAAACAUAUGCGUCGCUUCGUCUACCGUACUCGAUAUAUGCGUAUGCGUGAUCUUGUUCUCCGUCUGCAAUGUAUUGCUCGAAGCAAAUUAGCCCAAGCUCAACUGAAGUCUCUCCAAGAAGAACAUGCCGCUAUCACUGUACAAAAACACUGGCGACGUUAUACUGCUCGAAAGGAAUUUUUGGCAAAGAAGACAUUUGUAUUCAAACUUCAAACAGCCAUCCGUGGACAUAUCGCAAGACGGGACUUCUCUAGUGUCAAAGAAAACCAGGCUGCUAUACAGAUUCAAUGCGCUGUUCGAGGAUGGUUUGCUCGUCGUUACGUCAAGACUCAGCUGGGAUAUGUAACUCUACUUCAGUCAUGCAUCCGAAGACGCGUGGCUCAAAAACAAUUGAUGGAUCUACGAAAAGAAGCAAGAUCUGUUAGUCACUUCAAAGAAGUUUCUUACAAGUUGGAAAGCAAGGUGGUAGAAUUGACGCAAACGGUGACUGGAUUGACUCGCGACAAGAAAGCUCUGAACGAUCGUACUAUUCAAUUGGAAUCUCAAAUCAAAACUUGGACAGAAAAAUAUGACAAAUUGGACAAAAAGAACAAAGAACUAGAAUCCAAGUUACAGCUACCAACUGUACCUCAACAAGACUGGGAUACAUUACAAGCAGAACGAGAUUCCCUUACAAAGGAGAAUCAAAGUACCUUGACCAAAUUCGAUACCCAAGCACGUGAACUGGCCAAAUUGACAAGUGCUCUUUCAGCUGAGAAGGAAACAAAUGCACAACUUCAAUCUGCUCUUGAAGAAGCACGACAACAGAAUGCUCUUGCUGUGGAUGAAACUGAAGUGGCUGAACUCAAGAAUCAAAUUGCUGGACUUAAAGCCCAAUUAGCUCAAAUGAUGAAUGCUCCUCGUCGUCAACAAUCGAACAACAAUAUCCGUGGUCUUUCACCUGCAGGAGGAUACCGUGAUACAUCUGCCUCUCCUGGACCUCGAAAUAUGUCUGCUUCUCCUAUGAAACCUUUGGAUGCAAAAGAACAUACUGAACGUCAACGUAGUCGAUCUCCUCAUGGACUUGUGAAUCGCAAAGCUCGUCGUAAUAGUGCUGCAGACGUGGCUGAUACUCGACCCAAAACGUCUAUUGACAAUGUACGAAAGGCAGAACAAUUAUCCAAAAAUCCUCGUCCCACUUCUUUGGCAUUCUUUGGCUCUUUGCUAGGCAACAAAGCUGGUGGAACUUUGGAAGGACUUGAUGGUGAUCCAGAAGAAGCGAUUCACAACAUUUUACGGGACGAAGAAGCUUUACAUGACGAAGUACUGGAAGGAUUGAUUAAAACUCUCAAAAUGCCAUUACCAAAUAUGCAAAACCCACCUUCUCAAAAAGAAGUAGUUUUCCCAGCUCAUGUGAUUGGUAUCAUUGUGAUAGAAAUGUGGAAACUUGGUUAUAUUGAAGAAUCUGAACGUCUAUUGUUUUCGGUGAUGGAUACCAUACAAAAGCAAUGUCUGGGUUUUACUGGUGAAGAAGCUACAGUACCAUGUGCAUUCUGGUUGACGAAUAUUCAUGAAUUGUUAUCUUUGGUGUGUCGGGCAGAACAGGAUUUGGAACGUGAUUUACAUGGUAAUUCUAGUUGGCAUGAAUUUGAAAAGUUGAUGGCAACAAUCAAGUUUGAAAUGCAAUGUCUUGAAGACAAUAUUUUCCAUGCCUGGAUGAAGGAAGCUAAGAAACGUCUUUCCAAGAUGGUUGUUCCCUCUGUGAUCGAAAAUCAAUCUCUACCUGGAUUUGUAACUGCUGACAAUGGUAGAUUCUUCAACAAGUUUUUAACUGGAUCCUCUCAACCAAGCUUUUCAAUGGAUGAACUCCUACACUUUUUGAACAAGCUCUAUCGUACAAUGAAAUGCUACUAUUUGGAACAAUCAGUAGCAACUCAAAUUUUGACAGAAAUUCUCAAGAUGAUUGGUGUCUCUGCCUUUAAUGACUUAUUGAUGAGAAAGAAUUUUGCUUCCUGGAAACGAGCCAUGCAAAUCCAAUACAACAUCACUCGAAUUGAAGAAUGGUGCAAGAGUCAUGAUAUUCCUGAAGGUACUCUCCAAUUAGAACAUUUGAUGCAAUCAACAAAAUUGUUACAAUUCAAAAAGAACACUUUGGAAGAUAUUGACAACAUAUACGAUGUAUGUUGGAUUCUUUCCCCUACACAAAUUCAGAAACUGAUAUCAAAUUACCUUGUUGCGGAUUAUGAAAAUCCUAUUAGUCCCGAUAUAUUGAAAGCUGUUGCUGAUCAUAUUGUCAGUGGUGAUCAAAGUGAUGUAUUAUUAUUAGAUUCUGUUGCCAUUGAUGAUACGACCAAUCCCUUCGAGAUACCAAUUCCUCGCCAUACAAAACCUCAGAAAUAUUUACCAGCUUGGCUCAAUUUACCACGACUUCGACGAUUAACCAUUCUACUUGAUACAACUCCUCAAAAAGAUACUGACAACAAAGAACAAGGUGUUGAAACUACGAUGGUCUAAGUAUGAAAUUCAUAGUAUACAUAUAAAUAAAUAUAUAUAUUAGUUAGUUAGUUAGUUAUUAGUCUCUUUGUAUUCAUUUUUAUCAAUUAGACAUUCUAUUAUUCUCUUAAUAAAAAAAAAGAAAAGGAAAGACGUUUUUUGAGCUUUU